ACUUUUUCAUUCAUUCAAAAACGGCUCUCCUUUUCCUCUCUCUCGCAUGCUAACACAACAAAUACAAAAACAAAAAGUGCACCGUUUACAGUUUAUCCGAUUGUUUACGUUAAAGUUAUAUUUUUGAAGAAAUUUACCGAAAAAAUAUAUUUUUUAAAGUACAUAUUGUAUUUGUAUAAGAAGCAUCAAAGCAUUGAAAAAAUUUAAGCUUUUUCUUAUACAAAAAUGCCGCUCUGCAACCACGAGGAGUUCAAACAGUUGCUACGGCUAGGAAAACGACAAAAAUUUAGAGAUGAGAAUGAAAAAGUAUUUUAUUGUGGCACAACCAAACGGAUUUUUCGGAAUUAUGAACAAUAUGCUUUUCAAGUUCUGGCUAAUAGUUCUACCAUUUGGAAAUGCCGGGUAACAGGUUGCGAAAAUCUUACCUAUGAAGAAGCACUAAAGAGUGAACAACUUGCUUUAAAAAGUAAACAUACAUUGAAUGAAAAUCUUUGCUCCGUUGUUUUGAUUUUCAUUAAAACAGUUAAACAAUCAUCUUUAAAAAAUGUACGUAGUCUAUGUUAUGAGUUUAUACGAAACAGGUUUUUCGUUAACGAACGUGUAAAAGUUCUUAAGGAAUCUUAUAAAAAAACAGCAUUUAUAAUCACUAAUGUUAAAGCAAAAUCAAUAAUAUUAUCCUCAUCUGAUAAUAUUUCUUACGAGUAUAAACCUGAUCAGGUUGAAUAUACAGUAAAAAAUGAAAAUGUUAAUAGUUGCAUAGAGUUAACGGUUGAAUUUGAACAAAUCAAACGUUAUAGAAAUGCAUUAACUUUUACAUUUUUAAAAGAGUUUAUUGAACAAAAUGUAAUAAACGUUGAUAAUAUUUUAUUACCGGAGCCAGAAUCAUACAAGAAGUACGUGACUGAUAAAAAUUUAUCAUUUGAUAAAGUAUUCAUUGGAAAGAUACCAAGUUUCUAUAAUUAUGAAAGAGACAAAUUUGUUAAAGAAAAAAGUAUGAUUCUAUGCAAACAAACAGAUGAUCUUGAACGCUUUGAUCAAAAAUUACUUCCAAAAUAUGAACAAGUCAGUACUAAUAUACCUAUUGAAUACUUUGGUGAUGCAAUAAUGUUAAAUGAGUUUUUACAUACAUUUUCUAAAAUACUUUGCCACAAGAAAAGUAUUGAUUUAUCAGAACUUACACGAGUAUUAACUACUAUCGAGAUUGAUGGACCGUUAAGUGAAAUAUUAAUAAAUCUAUUGCAAACAAUUUUUAAUUUCCAAAAAGAGGAAGAAUCUGAAUAUCCAGUUUGGUACACAAGCAUUGAUGAAAAUAAAUUUGAAAUAAAACCAUUAAAAGCUAUGAACGAAGCAUAUAAAACUCAUUUUUACAUUAGCUCACAUUUUUCCAUGAAACUUUAUGAUUUACCACUAAAUACGUUUACUUUAAGCGAAGUAUUGCGCUUGCAUUUAUUGUCUUCGGGAGCUCCGGUUAAAGAUGCAACUGAAAUGUUUCGUCAAAUGUAUCGCAGUGGAUAUUCAUCUAAAGAAGAUCCUGGAUUGUUGUUUUGUAUAGAGCAGCCACAUAUUCUUGAUUCACUUAAAAGUUUAAGUAUAUUUCAAUUGCCCACGCCGCAUAUCUGUCAAAUUAUUAAUACAUUAACUGCUCAAAUACUUAGUUAUUCUCCAGCGAUCAACAUGAUCGAUAAACAAAUGAAUCGAAUAACACAGCUGAAAAUAGAAAUUGAAGCAAAUCGCUUAUUGAAAAAGCACCUUAAUAAAACAAUACAAACAAGAGUAGAUUCCAAAGAGAUUAACAAGACUAGAAAAUUGAGCAACAACAUAUUUGGAUUCAAGCCUUUUCUGGGAAUGGAUCGCGCUUAUAGAAGAUAUUAUGUGCUGAGAUCAAUACCAGGAAUAUUUGUGGAGCAUCCAUUAGACACUCUUAAUGAAUGUUUGCAAAAUCCUCCGACAAAUGUUCCCAGUUUUGUUGAUCAUCCAAAGCAAAAAAAUUUAAAUGAAAGAUAUUUGACUAAAUUGUACAACAAGGUUCGAAGAAAUCAAACAAAACAUUCCAGUAAAUCUCAGAACAAUAACAAUCUUGAAUAUAAAAAUUUGAAUAAUCAAACCCUGAAUGAUACCCAAAAAAUUGAAGAAGAAUUUAAAAUCACUGAAGAUGAAACAAAUACUAAGCUACCAUCUCAGUAUGAACUAAUGAUGUGCACUGGUAGCUCAACGAACUGUCUUGUUCAUGAUGUUAAUAAUUCAGACAGACAAAGGUGGGCUUAUUUCUACAAAGAAGAACAUAUUGAUGCUGUAAUUCAAAGUCUGAAUCCAUUUGGUGAGAGAGAAAGCAAAUUGAAAAAAAGUUUAAGUAUGAUGCGUGAUUUAAUUGUGGACCAUGUGAAAAAUUGCCCCGUUGAGAGGUUAUCAUUGAAUGGUUCGCCUGGCGAAAAAUUGUUUGACCAAAACCCGAUAUCAACAGAAGAACUGAAUGAGGUUCUUCAAGAUGAACUAAGAAAUCAAAUAUUUAAACUUACUAACCAGAUCAUAGCUUGUAACUUAAGAACGAAAAUACAAAUAAAACAUAAUCCGAUUUGUUCACAAGACAACAAUGAUGUUAAACUGGACUCACGAAACCAAGAGCUGGAAAUAAUAUGGAAAUGUGUACAAGAAUUGUGCCUAUUACUCUUGAGCGUUAAACAAAAUAUCAAGGAAAUAUAUUUAAAACAUCAAAAUCUAGAACAGUGGGAGAUCUCAUUGAUGGAAUCUACAAGCUUUUCACAAGUGUUUCUUCAUUUGAACAUUCUUGACAGAGGUAUUUUGUGGUCAUCUUAAAACAUAAACUUUUGGAUCAUACACAAUGGUAAAUUCAUGCAAAUAAUAUUAUUUAAUUACAUAAAUUCUAAAAUUAUGUUCUAAAACAAACAAAUAAAUUUAAAAGAAAA